UAAUGGUAGAGUGCCCGCCGCGUAAUCAAGAAGUUCCGAGUUUGAUUUCCACCAUGUCCUUGGUAGUACUGCGCUCAACUUGAUUUUCUGAGCAGUGGUCUUGUUCGUCAAGAAAAUUAUAAAACAUGCCGAAAGAAAGAGUUCAAAAGAAAACAAGGGUACACACGCAAGUUAAAACAGAAGGCAUUCAGUUUAAACACGAGUUUGGACAACAUAUUUUGAAGAAUCCAUUAAUUGUUAAUGCUAUUAUUGACAAGGCUGCAAUAAAAUCUACGGAUACAGUAUUAGAAGUUGGUCCUGGUACAGGAAAUAUGUCUGUAAAAAUCUUGGAGAAAGCAAAAAAGUUAAUUGCUUGUGAGCUGGACCCACGUAUGGCUUCUGAGUUACAGAAAAGAGUGCAAGGAAGCCCAGAAGCUAAUAAAUUACAUUUAAUUGUUGGAGAUGUUCUUAAAUCAGAACUUCCUUACUUUGAUUGUUGUGUUGCAAAUUUGCCAUAUCAGAUUUCCUCUCCAUUUGUGUUUAAACUUUUGUUGCAUCGUCCUUUCUUUAGGUGUGCAGUUCUUAUGUUUCAACGAGAAUUUGCUCAACGCUUGGUUGCAAAACCUGGUGAUAAGUUAUAUUGCAGAUUGUCAAUAAAUACACAGUUGUUAGCACGGGUUGAUCAUCUUAUGAAGGUUGGCAAAAAUAACUUUCGACCACCACCUAAAGUUGAGUCAAGUGUUGUGCGUAUUGAACCAAAAAACCCUCCUCCACCAAUAAACUUUCAGGAAUGGGAUGGAUUGGUCCGUAUUGCAUUUGUUCGUAAAAAUAAAACACUUGCUGCUUGUUUUAGCUCUAAAGCAGUUAUUGAUAUGCUUGAAAAAAACUACAAAAUACAUUGUUCCAUCAACAAUAUUAUCGUAGAAGAUAAUUUUAACAUAAAAGAAAAAGUUUUGGAACUUUUGGUUGAAAAAGAAUUUGAUAAAAAGCGAGCAAGAACAAUGGAUAUAGAUGAUUUUUUAUUGCUGCUAAAUCAUUUCAACACUGCUGGUAUUCAUUUUUCAUGAAUAAAUUUUUAUUUUUCAUAA